AUGACUUCGUCCAACGAUGCUGGCGCCCUGGCUAACAUCACCAGCCAGGGCGAGGGCGAAGGCGCUCUUCAACAACAACCUCCUCCGCAGCAGCCUUCAACCACGCCACCUCCGGGAACCAACAUCGCCAACACCGAGCCUAUUUCGCAGGCAGAUGCAAACCCGGAUAGCGUUGAACCUCAAAUCAAGAUCGAGAGAGAGGCCGAGCCCAAUAAUGACCAGCCAAUAACCACCAAUCAGACUACCACGUCCCUUCCUACUACUACUACUUCCACCGACAUCAUCGCAAUCAACGGUGAAAAUGCGCCCGUUGCGAACCACCUUGACGAGCAAAUCCAGAAUGCAGAGCCAGAGCUACCGCCCCAAUCGAAAACACAAGCCGAAGUCAAUGCGACUGCAACUGCAGACAGUCAAUCUUGGGAAUCUGCCACUGGCGCGCCGCACCUUCCGGAUCAUUACAUGCCUUCUCCGCCCACUGUGUCGCCGCUUUCCACCCCGGCCGUGACUGCGAUACACAGCACCAAUGGCGAUAUCGCGCUCGACGAAGACCUUCCCAGGCUGACGGACGAGCACAUUUCUGCCGCUACGCUUUCCGCCAUGAACAGAGAUUUGCAAGACUUGUCAAAUCUUCAAGCAUUCGCAGCCCAGCAGUCCCAAUCCCAAGGAUAUGCUGCCGUUGCAACCACCGACGACGACAUCAACUACCCGCAGCACUCUCUCAACACUGGCAGAUUGUCUCGAUCUAAUACAGUGACCGAUAUCGACCCCGCCGCUUUCAUGAUGGGCGCAAACGCGCCAAUGCCGUCGGAUUAUCCAACCGCAAUCGCCCCUUCAGAGAUUUCGCUUGCCGCGUCACAGGGUGGUCAAGAUGAUGGCACUUUUGAGUCGGCGUCCGCCAGUGCAAGUCAAAAGCUGGAAUCAUUUGCCAGAAUCGAGUUUGCCGACAGUGUUUUCCAAAUGACUACAUACGCUGUGAUCAUUGGCCGCGAUCAGAGAGCCAUGGAGCAAGCUCGUAGGGACGAAAGACGUGCCAACAAGUACAGAGAAGCGUGCGAAAGAGCAGAGGAGCAAGGCUUGCCACCGCCCACUCCCGUGGGCAGGGACAGGGGAAAGUUUAGCAAGUCCUAUGUGAGUGAAGAGGGAGGUAUCCUAGGUCCAGAGUCAGACGGCGGAGACAGCAAUGUGCCCAGGAAAAAGGCCCCCUCGCAGCAUGAUGAUGCCGAGAUCAAUGACGACCAGGACGACAAUGCAAAAUCAAAUCUGCAAUACGUCUCUCAUAGUGAAGGGGCAGCUGCAGUUGAUCUCAGCAGUAUGCAACCAUCUUCAUCUCACGUUCCAUUCGUCGGUAUCCAUUCUCCCGGACCAAAUAUUGCCGCUAGGACAAAAGGUAUCUCGAGACAACAUCUCAAGAUCCAGUUCAGCGAGAGGAAAGGAGUUUUCGAGGGUCUAGCACUGCACAAGAAUGGCUUCUUCUGUGAUGAUGUGCACUACGGAUCUGAUGAGCCUGUCACCAUGCGCAGCGGCAGUCGAAUCCAGAUCAAGGAUGUCGAAUUCUAUUUUGUCAUCAAUGGUGUGGAAAACGGAAAGACUGGAGCCGAAGAUCUUCACGAAGUAGACGAAGCUUCCAGUAAACGAUGUUCCGUUGGUGGAAAAGAGAUGAGCUUGGAGUUUGAGCAUUCGGAUCAAGAACAGAAGAAGAAGUUCUUGCGAAACACCGACAGCCCAUCUCCAGUACAUGUGGCCAAGACUCCACCACCUCUAUCGGAGGAGCCCGAAGAAGAUCUUGCAGAAGAAGAUGAAGAUCCAGAAGAAGCGGCCCUCCUCGAUGACCAGCUCGACUUUCUCGGCGAUGAUCAGGCUCUGCCUUAUAUGGAUAUGGACGCUGCAACUGCUGCAGCACUUCUACAGUCUGUCGAAGGCGGAGGGGAACUUCCUCCGGACUUUGUCAUGCCUCGUAGACGCGGCCCAGGACGACCGCCUAAAGACGGAAUCAUGUCUAAGCGAGAGCGUCGGCUACUGAAGAAACAGCUCGAGGCACAACAGAUUUCCAAGAAGACUCUGCCGCAAGAACCAGCAGGUGAAAAGAUCAAACGCCCCGUAGGACGACCGAGGAAGAACCCCUUGCCAGAGGACGGAGAUAGGCCUGAGAAACGCAAGUACACCAAGCGUAAGAGGGAAGAUGGCGAGGAAGGUUCAGACCCGGAGAGACGGGCCAAGGACAAGAAGGACAAGAAGAUUCGACCCAAGUCACCUCCCUUGGACCUCAAGAUCGAAGACUACACACAUGAGCAACUUAAAAAGCCCGCCAAGAACUACGUCCAUCUCAUCGACGAGGCGCUUCAAGCCGGGCCCGAGGAGGGUCUGUCUUUGAAACAGAUAUACAAACGCAUCACCGCGGCGUAUCCGUGGUACUACUUUUCAGCAGAGACGAAGGGCUGGGAAAGUAGUGUGCGCCACAAUCUUAUUGGGAACGAUGGAUUCAAGAAAAAUGAAGAAACGGGCUUGUGGCAACGAGUUCAUGGCAUCGACCUUGACGCGGGAAAGAAACGCAAGGCACCUACUCCAGAACGGCAGUUGGGUUCGUUACACCAGAUGGGCCAGCAGGCCUACUAUCAUCAUCCAACAUAUAUGCAGCAAGGAACCCUGCAAUUCGCAGACGGGCUGCCAGGCAAUAUGGCAACAAAUGCUCAGCAUCAGCAGACUUAUGGCCAGCCUACAGGCCAGGCAAGUCAACACUAUGCACCUUCGCAGCCUCAAACAAAUGGCCAAGUCAAUCAUGCACAGCAGCUACAAGGCCCAUCGUCGCAUCUGGCUGCAGCACCAGGUUCCUCCGUACUGCCACGACAGCCCGGACCUCAAGGUGCUUACAGCUCUCCAUAUACCAGACCGACGACGACUGCAAAUGCUCAGUUCAAUGCAGCACCUAUAGCACCAAACUCGCACGGGCAGCAUACUGGUAUACCACAGGCUGCAGCUCAGAGUGCACGUCCUCAACAGAGUGCUGCUCCCGUUGUUCCUGUCGCUACCAAGAGUGGUCUUGGAAAUCCGGCCGACAACCCCAAGAUUGUUACUUUCAAGGAGUCAAUGUUGAAGAUGUUGUCCACGCUCAGCGUGAGCCCUGCCAAGAUCCAACAGCUCGUGGAAACUGCAAUCAACAAAGCUUUCGGUCUUCCUGCGCUGCCGACCAUUGGCGGCUUUGAGAAGGUUGAAUCAAGACUGACAAACGAGGUACUCAGAAUUCUUGGUGAAGAUUCUCAUCCGCCAGCAGCGUCAACUGCGCCUGCACCCGUGCCGCCUACGGUCCAGACACCCGUAGCUGCUGCUCCUCCUCCUCCUCCUCCUCCUCCUCCUCCCAAACAACAGACACCAGCACCACGACCCAGCCCUGCAGCUUCCUCGUUAGCUGACGCCGAAGUUGAAUCGUCACUCGCAGUCUUCAGGGACAACUUUAUGAAGACGUUCAGAAGCAAGUGCCCACAAGCGGAUUUCAUUAUGGAAUCUGCUGUCAACCAAGCCAAGGGACUGCCCAAUGCUGGCAAAGUGAAGGGCUGGGAACAAGUCAACGAUCUGCUCGUUACGGAAGUCACCAAGAUCAUCAACAAUGUGAGAAAGAAAUUCAGCUCGCAAGUUGACUCUGUGGCUUCGCCUCGACAGUCGCUGCAAGCGUCACCGAGCCCGGCAAUUCGUCAUGCCACGUCUGCCUCGCCAACGCCAGGCCAACCUGCCCUGUCUUCAGCUGUAGCACCGAAUCCUGCCCCGGCGUCGAGCACAGCAUAUGCACCGUCAGUUGCGAAGCCUACGACACCUGCUCGUCCUUCAAUCAUGCGACCUGGUGCUGUAUCUGUAGCUCGUCCUUCAAUGAACCGCCAGGCAUCAGGUGCAGGUCAUCCGGCCCCAGGCCCAUCAAUGACAUCUCCAUCAAAAGCUCCAGUGCAAGCCUCAGCACCGGCAUCAGCAUCGGCACCAGCAUCGGCACCAAUACCAGCAACAGCACCAACUCCCGCCUCAGCCGCGAACCCUACGGUCGCUUCCACUCCUGGUAUUACAUCUACCCCGGCACCCGCACAACCAUCAGUUGCAAACUCGAAUGCAGCUAUUGCUCCAAUCUUGGCCACAGGGCCCUCACCAUCUCCGGCCCCUGCGCAAGCUGCAACUGCAGCACCCAAGGGCCCAACGCCAUCUCCUAUUGUGCAGUCAAUACCUCCCAAUAGGCCACCUUCUACAACAGUACCUACUGUCUCAAACCCAGGCCUUGGUACUAGCAGCCUACAUGAUACGCCCGCUCCAAAGACGAUAAGUCCUCUUCCUCAGGUCGUGACACAUCCUCCGCUGGCCAAGACGGCCAGCCCCGCGCCGCCUCCUACCACAGUACCUAGUGCUGGUGUUCUGAACCAAAUCAUGGGACAAGGUCAAAAGCGGUCUCUUGAGAGUGUACACGGGCCUGGUAAUGAUGCCGCACAUCAACCUGAGCCCAAGAAGCUGUCCACAUCGGGGCCAUAG